AUGGCAGACAACGUGGAGAGACACAAGUCCGCAAGAUGGGUCAAGGGUGUUCCUUCCUAUGGUGGGUGGGGCGAUUAUGAUGGCGGCAAUUAUGACUUUGGCGAGGAAGAAUACGCGGAUGCUGAUGAUCUGCACCCCGCUGACGAGAUCAGCAACCACGUACAAAAUCCUCCUUCAAUCUCUCGGGAGUUGCAGGAGAGGCUUGCCCAAGCUCGAGAAUCGGAAUCUCAAGAUCAGUCUUUGCCUGCGAACUUGGUGUUGUCGAUUGAUAGGGAACCAGAUGGCUCUUUUUCAAACACAAGCGAGGAGGAGGAGGAGGAGGAGGAGGAGGAGGAGGAGGAGGAGGAGGAGCCAAAAGUGUCCUUGGGCAGAACUUCCAGAGAUCGCGCAAGAGAUGAAGAAGAUGAAGAUAGAGGGGUUGGCAAGGUCUUAGCACGAGAUCCGACUCGCGACGAAGCUAAAGAAAAGACUCCAGAGGCCAUGGUGAUGCUAUCGAAAAAGGAGCUUGCAGAAAGAACCCAGUCUAAAUCGUCGCUCGGAGUGCCAGGUGCGGCUGAGACUUACUCCCCCAUGACAUCGGCUGAAGUUGACCUAAGCUCAGCUCGUUUGAAUCAGGGGUUGCCCCCCACGGAGAUGUCGAUUCCAAGGACAAGCACCGUCACGUCGGAUUACGACUAUGCGCUUCCAACGCCUACUUACAGCGAGUUCUCGGCUCACUCAGGGAUUGCAGAAACAAUGUCAGAUAGGAGUUACCUAUCGGAGUCCUCGAUCCAAAAAGAGCCCAUCGACUUGUCGAGGCGCAAACUCUCGAGCCAUUCUCGCACAGCUUCCGCCAUUUCGGCAGAGUCCAUCCCUGAAGAAGGCCCAUCUCGCCAGGAACCGGCAAAGUUGGUGCUCUCGAUUGAUAAGCACAAUGCAGACGACAGCGACAGCACCACUGACUGGGGCUAUAGCGGAACCAAUUCCUCAGACGAGGAACAGGAACAGGAACAAAAACGGAAAAGUGAACACCACUCCAAUGGCAUUGAUUCUCUUAUCGACGAGCUCGCCGGCGGCUACACCUACUUCAAACAGGAGGAAAACAACCAUCUGGAUCCAUUGAAUGUCCAAACCGAUCUAGACAGAAAUCGAGAGGAAAAGCACUUGGAUCGAUGGGAUCCUGACAGCCCCAUUGCCCCCUUGACGGCUGCACAACAACAGCAGCAGCAACAACACAAUUUGUAUCUUAACGAGUUUGCUGAGCGAAAGAGCCUGGUUCGAAAACCACCAACAAACAACAACAACACCACCGCCACCGCCACCGCUUUAGAUUCACUCGAAGCCCACACCCACACGGCUGCAAAUCCUGCAAUUGAGGAAAAUAAGGAGCUGCAGAGUGUGCCUGGUGUGAAAGAGGAGAAAGAAGAUGAUCUCGUGCCUCCGCACGACAUUCAAUCGCUUGCGUCGACUGGUUCGUUAUCUACCGGUAGAAUGUCCAUGGACUCCAAAGCUCUUUCAAAAAAGCCGGAAGUUGGCCCCGACAACGACAACGACCACGACAAUGACAAUGACAACGACGACGACCAAUCCAGUCAUUCUCACAAUCACGGCUCGAGGCAAGUUUCAGGUGGGACUUUGGAUUUUGGAAAUUGGAUCCCUCCAAAAGAUAGCUUCCGAAAUCAGUUUAUCAAUGGUAACGACCGCGAGUCUGUGGUUGGUCCAGAGCAAGAACCCAGCAGCUACGACCAGUUCACCAAAGUCAAGAACUCCCUAGCAUCGAGCGAAGUAGACUCAAAUACAAGCACCGCUUCUGUUCCAGAGACCAUUGAUCUCGCCAUUCCUAGUAUCAAGGAAGAGUUGGGAGAUGAAGACGAGUUUCACGACGCUAAUUCCAGUAGUAGGGCCCACACCAUGAUGACACAAGAUUCCAUAUUGGAUCCCAAGGCAUAUGCCAAACCGCGGUUUGUUGAAGAAAAACUCACGCCGGAGCCUUCAACGGAAAGUCUCCCACGACCCAAGUACAGCAGCUUGAUUCCGGAAAACAUGGAUGAGAUGGACACGUUAAAAGAACCAAAGAGGGAUACUUCCAACUCUAGUGAAUCCACUACUAACGCUACCGCCAACGCGUUCGUCUCGGCAAAGACCGGGUCGUUUGCCCCUGCAAAGUACCCAGUAUCCAGCUGGAAAAGCAUUGUGACAAUUUCCCAGCCCGCCGACCGCAUUGCCGCGUUUAAACAGGCGUUGGCGAAAGAAUACGAAUACGACACGGGGCUACAGUACUGGCUAAACCACACAUUGAAGCAAGAUUCCGAAUCGAACAACAUCCACAUUGGCAAGAUCGCCUCGGAGGCAUACCAGAAUGCCCCUCACAACGAUCUCCGAAGACACGCAUCUCUCCUCAGCCGAGUCUCUGCUGUAAAGGACAAAGUGGAAGGCAGAGGCUCCACUGCUUCAAACUUUGGCAAGAAGUUGUUCAGCCGGAGCAAGAAGUUCAUCUCGAGCAAGGAUUGA